AGAGUCGACCUAGGAACCAGGAGGUCACGGUUCGAUUCCCGGUCCGGGCACAUGCCCAGGUUGUGGGCUCCAUCCCCAGUGGGGGCCCUGGCAGGAGGCAGCCGAUCCCUGAAUCUCUCAUCACUGAUGUUUCCAUCUCUCUCUCCCUUCCUCCCUGACAUCCAUCUUAAAAACAUAAAAAAGGAAAGUGGUUUAACCGCCCUUCCCGGGGUCAGCAGCAGGCCCAGGGGCUUGGAGUCUGGGACGCAGCCGGAUCCGUCCCUGGGCGUUUCCCACGCGGGGCUCGGGGGCAGGAAGACCAGGCCGAGGGCGGCGGGCGCACCCGCGGCCGGAAAGGGACUGCGCGGCCCAGGAACUCUCCUGCGACGAUGGCCGCGGAGUGACUGCUCCGGGCACCGAGUCCCCGCCCGCCGCCCGCGAUGGGCCCGCCAGCCCGGCGCGCGCUGCUCCUGCUGCUGCUCGGGGCGCUGGGGGCCCUCGGGGUGCGGGCCGCGGUCGCGCAGGCCCGAGCGCGGCCACACUCGCUGCGCUACCUGCUGAUGGGCGCCACGGAGCCGGACCUGGGGCUGCCCGUGUUCCAGGCCGUGGGCUUCGUGGACGAGCAGCUGUUCGUGUUCUACGAUCACGAGAGCCGCCGCGCGGAGCCCCGCGCCCCGUGGGUCAGGGCGGCCGGCCCGCUGUGGCUGCAGCUGAGCCAGAGCCUCAAAGGCUGGGACCACAUGUUCACGCUGGACUUCUGGACCAUCAUGGACAACCGCAACCACAGCUCCGGGCCCCACACCCUGCAGGUGGCCCUGGGCUGCGAGGUGGGGGCCGACAACAGCACCAGGGGCUUCUGGACGUACGGCUACGACGGCGAGGACCACCUCGAGUUCCGCCCCGAGACGCUGAGCUGGAGGGCGGCGGAGCCCGGGGCCUGGGCCACCAAGAUGGAGUGGGAAGUGAACGCCGUCCGGGCCCGGCAGAACCGGGCCUACCUGGAGCGGCUCUGCCCCGAGCAGCUGGGGCGGCUGCUGGAGCUGGGGGCCGGCGUCCUGGACCGGCGAGUGCCCCCCUCGGUGCGGGUGACGUGCCACGUGGCCUCGGCAGCGACCAUUCUGCGGUGUCAGGCCCUGAGCUUCUACCCCCCCAACAUCACCGUGAGGUGGCUGCGGGACCGGCAGCCCCUGGACGCCCAGCACGCGGAGCCCGGGGACCUGCUGCCCAACGGGGACGGGACCUACCAGGCGUGGGCGGCCCUGGCCGUGCCCCCCGGGGAGGAGCAGGGAUAUGCCUGCCAGGUGCAGCACCCCGGCCUGGAGCAGCCCCUCACUGCCACCUGGGAGCCCUCUGUGUCGGGCGCCCUGGUCUUUGGCAUCAUCAGCGGGACCCUCAUGUGUGUCGUCCUCAUCUUCCUCGCUGGGGUUUUGUUCAGAUUCCUACGGAGGAGGCGGGCUUCCCGAGGCACCCUGGGGAGCUAUGUCCUCGCCGACCUUGAAUGAGGUGCAGCCUGCAGACCCCGCGGGAAGGAGACGGUCGGAGACUCAGAGCCGGCGCCCGGGUGACCUUGGUGCUCGAGGACAGAGCUGCACCCCCAGAUAGGAGCUGGCCCAGAAACCCCUGCUCUCUGCCGUCCCCCGGUUAGGUUUUGGGUUCCUACCUGCCGUCAGCCCCCGUGGCGACCACUCUGAGAUCUGGCUCUGCGGGUCCCAGGCUGCAGGGAGAGCCUGCCUCAGUUUCCCGCCCCUGUGACUCCACGCACAGGCGUCAUCCCAGCCCCUCCCUCCGCAGCCAGGCUGCUGGACUCAGGAUUCUCCGGAAGCUUCGAAAAAAGCCGGCAGCGUCUCCUCCCGGCAUCCGUCCUCCUACCGGGAAUGUACGCAGGUGCAGGCACUUCCCGGACCCGUUUCCUUUCGAUCCUCCCGUCUCUGUCCUCGUGGCCCUUCUGUCCCCGCCCUGUGGUCUCCUCCAUGGAGAGGGACCUGGGCCUUCACACCUGCCCUUGACCAGGAAUCGAACAUGCGACCCUUUGGUGCAAGGGCUGACACUCUAACCACUGGACCACACCGGCCAGGGCCGGCCGGCCGGUGCUUUCUUGCUGCUGCCGCCGCAUAUAUUUGGUUGCAAAGCGGUGGCACGAGGCCUUCUGCCUCGGAGGGCAGGUGCCUCAAGAGACCAAAUAUAGCUCAAAAGUUUGCUGGCAGGUACUGAAUCUGGGCAAAGAGAUCUCAAGUACUAUUUUUUUAAACAAACUUUUCAAUUGGAUAAAGAUACAUGUAAUACGUGCUCGCCGUAGAAACGUGGAAAAGGAGUUAACCUGAAACUACCAUCCCAGUAGCCCGUGAUAAGCGCUAUCCACAACGCGUGCUCCUCUCAGCCUCACUGCGGUAUGAAAAUGUAAAAAGCAUCCAAUGCACGUGUUUUAAUAAACGCGUGAGGAAUUGUGUGGAGGACUGCAGGGUUUUCUGCUGUAUUUGUCCGCCGCACAUAUACAUGCUUACGGGAGGCCCCGAGCGUGAAAACCCGCGCACUCGGUGCGGGGAGUCCCGCAGCCCCGCCUGCGCCCUCUCCCCUCCUGCCACCCACCUGCUCGCUGCCCCUUAGCGCUGCCACCGCAGCUGCCCCGCUUCUGGCCCAGCUGAGCUCCCCCGGUGGGAGCGCACUGACCACCAGGGGGCGCUCCUGCGUUGAGCGACUGCCCCCUGGUGGUCAGUGCGCGUCAUAGCGACUGGUCAUUGCGCGGUUCAGUCGAUUUGCCUGUUACCCUUCUAUUACAGAGGAUUGUGUUGUUUGGGGGAACUUUGUACUGCUUCUAAGUUCCUUACAAUUUGUUUCAUGGACGAUUUUCAUUAAACUGGAAU